AUGAGCGAUUUCAUACCCGAUGCGACCAUCCUGGUGCAGUUCGCGCUGGCCGCGGUCGUCCUGGCGAUCACGCCGGGGCCGGACAUGGCGCUCUAUGUCGGCCGGGCGAUCACUCAUUCGCGCGCGGCGGGACUGGCCUGUUUUGCCGGCGCGGUGACCGGCAUUCUGGUGCACACCAUGCUCGUGGCGCUGGGCCUUUCCGCCUUGCUGGUGGCGGCGCCGACGGCGUUCCUGGUGCUGAAGGUGAUCGGCGCCGUCUAUCUGAUCUGGCUUGCAUGGCAGGCGAUCCGGCACGGUUCGUCAUUCUCGCCCCGUACAGGAAAGAACGCCCGGGCGGGAUCGUUGGUGGGCCACUAUCUCACCGGUAUCGGCAUCAACAUCCUCAAUCCCAAGAUCGCAUUGUUCUUUUUGACGUUCCUGCCGCAGUUCGUUUCGGCGAACGACCCGCAUGCGCCGGGCAAACUGCUUUUUCUCGGCCUUUUCUUUCUCGCGGUCGCCAUUCCGAUCAUCUUGCCGAUGAUCUUCGCCGCCGACCGGUUCGCCGCCGCGCUGCGCGCCCGGCCGCGCGUCACCCGCACAUUCGACUGGCUGUUUGCCGGCGUGUUCGGCGCAUUUGCGGUGAAGAUCCUGACGGCGCAGGCGCAAAAGGCGAUUCGCGAGCGGUGCGGUUUGAUCAGAUUUGACAAUGUGGGAUUGCGCUACGGGCUGGAGCCGGAGGUUUUGUCCGAUGUGUCGUUUCACAUUCCGGCGCAGUCCUUCCAGUUCCUGACCGGUCCGUCCGGUGCGGGAAAGACCUCCCUGUUGCGCCUGUUGUUCAUGUCGCUGCGGCCGACGCGCGGCCAGAUCACCUUGUUCGGCAAGGACGUGCUGUCGCUCGACCGCCGCGAGAUGCCUAUGCUGCGGCGCCGGAUCGGUGUCGUGUUCCAGGACUUCCGGCUUCUGAGCCACAUGACGAUCUUCGAAAACGUCGCCUUGCCGCUGCGGGUGCGCGGCAAGGAAGUGGCCAGCUACCGGCGCGAUGUGAGCGAACUGCUUGACUGGGUCGGGCUGGGCGACAAGCUCAAUGCGCUGCCGCCGGUGCUGUCGGGUGGUGAAAAGCAGCGCGUGGCCAUUGCCCGCGCACUGAUCGACCAGCCCGAAAUCCUGCUCGCCGACGAGCCGACCGGCAAUGUGGAUCCGCCCAUGGCACGGCGACUUCUGCGUCUGUUCAUCGAGCUCAACCGCUCGGGCACGGCGGUGGUCAUCGCCACCCAUGACCUUGGCCUUAUGGAACAGGACCACAGGUCGCCGCCGGCCUCGCCGAUCGUACCGCCGGGCAACAUUGCCGGCCAGGCGAUGGCGCUGGUCGUUGCGAUCAUGUCCUUCCUCGCCUGCCUGACCGUCGGCGGCGUCUCACUGGUCGGCCAGAGCGCGGCGACCUGGCAAAGCCAGAUUUCGCGCGAGGCGACGGUUCAAAUCCGGCCUGCGCGCGACUUCGACAUCGAGACCGCGCUGGCCGAGGCGCAAGCGAUCGCAGCCGAUUAUGAAGGGGUGCGCUCGGCGCGCAUCAUCGGCCGGGAGGAAACGCUGGGGCUGCUGGAGCCGUGGCUGGGCAGCGGGCUGGGACUUGACGAACUGCCGGUGCCGCGCCUCGUCGUCAUCACCAUCGACGAGACGGCGCCGCCGGAUUUUGCCGCUAUGCGAGCGGCGAUCACGGAAGCCGUGCCCAAUGCGACGCUGGACGAUCACCGGGCCUGGGUGGGACGGCUUGUGGCGAUGGCGCGCACAACGACACUGGCCGGCCUCGCUGUCCUGGCCCUGGUGAUGGCCGCGUUGGUCAUGACCGUCGUCUUUGCCACGCGCGGCGCGCUGGCCGGCAAUCACGAGGUCAUAGAGGUUCUGCACUUUGUCGGCGCGCGCGCCGGGUUCAUCGCGCGGCAAUUCGAGCGCCGCUUUCUGGUCAUCGGCUUGCAGGGCGCGGCCGCCGGCGGUGCCGCGGCGGUGGCGGUCUUUCUCGUCACGGGAUUUUGGGCGAGCCGAAAUCUGACCAGCGCCGAGAACGAGCAGUUGUCCGCCUUUUUCGGCGAUUUCUCGAUGGGCGCCAUCGCCUAUGUCGGCGUGGCCCUGGUGGUGGUUCUGGUCGGCGCGCUGACCAUGGUAACCACCCGCGUCACGGUUCUGCGGGUUCUCUACGAGAUCGACGAGAAACGCGCCGAUCCGAUUCGACACAUGUCGGAAAGCGAACACAUCGACAAGGCGGCCGGCGUGCUCGAGCGCCGGGCGAGCCGCGGUGCCGGGCGCCUGUACCGCGUGCGCGACUUCCUUGUUGCCAUGGCGGCUUUGGCGCUGAUCGCCACCGUGGUCGGCUUCUUCAUUUUUGCCGCGCGUGUCGGCGGGCAGACCGAGAACCCGCCCGCUGGGGUCUCUGCCGAUGCGAUCGUCGUCCUGACGGGCGGCCGGGCGCGAUUGGAGCCGGCCGUGACGCUGCUGCGCGAACAGCGCGGUGCAAGGCUUCUGAUCAGCGGAGUCGAUGCGGACAUCAGCGAUGUCACGCUGCGGCGCACGUUGGAUAUCGACGCCGAUCUCUUCGAAUGCUGCAUCGACAUCGAUCGAGAGGCGCUGGACACGGAGGGCAAUGCCAGGAGCAGUGCCGCAUGGGCCCAGCGGAACGGCUACGCCAGCCUGAUCGUCGUGACCAACGACUAUCACGUGCCGCGCUCGAUGCUUGAGAUGCGGAACGCCCUGCCCGACGUCGAGAUCGUGGCUUAUCCGGUCGUCAACAUGAAGCCGGAGACGGUCGAUCUGGCGGCAUCGAUGGACCGCUACCGGGUGCUGCUCGGCGAAUACGCCAAAUAUCUGGUGGCACGGGUUCGCCCCGUGCUCGUCAUCCGGUCCCUUCUGUUCAACCUGGCCUUCUACGCGAACAAUGUCGUCCAGAUGAUCUUCUGGACGCCGUUCUAUUUUCUCGGCCCGCGCAGCUUUGCAUGGUGGAUCGUCCGCUUCUGGUCGCGGACCCAUCUGUGGCUGAUGAAGGUCAUCGCCGGCACCGAUCACAUUGUGCGCGGGCGCGAGAAACUGCCCGAGGGAGGCUACAUCAUCGCCCCGAAGCACCAGUCGGCCUGGGACACGAUCGCCUUCCUGCCCUGGUGGCCGGACCCGAUCUACAUUCUCAAACGGCAAUUGAUGUGGAUCCCGCUGUUCGGUUGGUACAUUGCGCGCAUGAAGAUGAUCGCCAUCGAUCGCGGCAAUCGCGAACAGGCGAUCCGGUCGAUCAAUGCCAGCGCGCAGCAGGCCGUCGAUGACGGGCGCCAGAUCAUCAUCUAUCCGGAAGGCACGCGCCGGCCGCCGGGCGCCGAGCCUUCCUACAAGAGCGGCAUUGCCCAUAUUUACGAGAAGCUUGACGUGCCGGUGGUGCCCAUUGCCCACAUGGCCGGGCUCUACUGGCCGCGGCGCAAGUUUCUGCGCCAUCCGGGCCUGAUCGAGGUCGAGGUGCUCGAUCCGAUCCCGCCGGGUCUUUCGCGGUCCGCCUUCAUGGCCGAACUGGAACGGCGCACCGAGGAGGCAUGCGACCGGCUUCUGCUGCGCGCCGUCGAAGGGCGCGGCGGGCCGCCGAUCCAGACGCUGCCUGAUGCCGUCGGCAACCGCUUCGAUCCAACGGUCGCGAAUGCCCAUCUCGCGCAUGUGCGCGGCGGUGUUCAGCACAUAGUCUUCGUUCGGCCCGGCCUGUCCGACCGCGCCGCACACCCGGUCGAUCGCUUCCGCGACACUCAGCCGGCCGGCAUAUUGCUCAUGGGUGCGGUCGGCGACAUAGGUGACCGCUUCGGCGGCCUGACCAUCCGAAAGCACGAUGCGGCUGCGCCGCUCCUUGUAGACAUGGGUGAUCAGUUCGCGCUCGCGCAGAUAGGACAUCACCGUGUCUUCAUCAUCCGGCAUCACGCGAAAGGCGACACCGACGCAGGCGCCACCCCGGUCCAGCCCCAUGACCAGGCCCGGCCGUUCGCGCGUACCGCGAUGUUCGAAGGAACGGAUGCAAAGGCUCCGGUGAUAGCCGACCAGCCGGGCGCGCCGGCUUUCGGCGAAGGAAAAGCCGGGAAGGUUGCAGCUAGCAUGAGCGGAGCCGUGAAAAAACCGUCUUACAAUGCCGGGCGGCGGAUUGGCUGGCUGAUGACCGCUGUCAUUGCCGCCAUCGUCCUCUACUCCGCCGGCUGGUUCUGGGCGGCGGACAUGGUCGACCGGACGGUGACCGCGUCGGCCAAUGACGAGCGCGCAUCGCUGCGCUUUUCCUGCCCCGGACAGGAUGUGCGCGGCUUUCCGUUCCGGAUCGGCGUCUUCUGCGACGCCUUUGAGGUGGCUGCGGCGGACGGGUCCUUUGUGGCCAGCGGCGGCGCGGUUCGCUCGGCGGCUCAGGUCUACGAUCCGCGCCGCGUGGUUGCGGAAAUCGACAGUCCCGUCACCAUCUACGACGCGGCGGGGACGGCCUACCGACUCGACUGGUCGGUCGGGCGGAUCAAUGCGGCGACUGCGCCGGUGAACGAACGGAUGGUGGCGUUCGAGGCAGACGAUAUCCGUGUCGGCCUCGAUGGGAUCGGCGAGCUGGCGCGGGCUGACCGCCUGGGGCUCUAUGUUCGCGAACAGGGAGCCGCCAUGGACGUGGCGAUGCGUCCGCGCGCGCUGACCAUCGACCCUGCUCUGGUCGGCGGGCGCGCUCUUCCGCCGGUCGGGCUCGAUAUCGAUCUGCGGCUUGAGGACUGGGCAUCCACAUGGUCAGCCGGUCCGGUCGCCGCCGGGAGCGGUAUGAUCAACCGUGUGGCGCUGCUUCUGACCGACGAUCGCGGCGUGAUCGUGGAGGGGCCGUUCCGCCUGUCGCCGGACGGUCUGAUCAGCGGCGAUUUCUCGGUCAGGGUCGUCGAUGUGCCCGAUCGAGACGCUUGCUGCUGCCGCGCCCCGGCAGGCAUCGAUGCCCGAUGA